GCGCGCCGCCCAUCUCCGUCUGCGUAUAAUAAGCGCGCGCGGCGCACGCGGCGACUCGCCAGCGCGACCACAGCAGCGCCGGUGCACGACGCGCGUAGUGUGCACUCCGCGACCUCGCACCUCGCACCUCACACGGUCACCGCGGCAGCCCGGCGCUACCGACCACGCCGUCAAGUGACACAAUACUACUACACAAACAACAACAGUCAACAAGCGGAUCAUAGUCACCAACACAAAAUUAGUAAAUAUGCUAGUAAACAAGGCAGUGCAAUUAGCCGUGUUGGCGGCAGCAGUGCUCCUAGACAGCAGAGUAGAGGCGGCUAGUUCUCCCACACUCAAGUUCUGCGGAAGACAACUCAGCGAGAUCAUGAGCAGAGUCUGCCACGCUUACAACAGCCCAUGGGAUACACCCACAGUGGAACAACCAGGCUCUUUGGUGAGAAGAAGACGACAGGUACGCAGAGGUAUAGCUGACGAAUGUUGCACUCACGGAUGUACGUGGGAGCAGCUUAGCGAAUACUGCUCCAUAAGUGCCUAUACAGAAUCACCACUGGAGGAGAUGGGGGCGCACAUAAUAGCGGACAGAUCAGCGGAGCAGGGCGCUACAGAGUCGAAGGGUGCAGCGGCGGCGGCAGCGGCGCCAGCGGCGGUAGGCAGCGAAGGGGGGGCGGGGGCGCGGAGCCGCGGGUACGGGCGCGCGAGGGCGAGAGGCCGCCGUUGCUGGUGCAGGCGCAAGCGCCGCUCGGGCCGGCGGCGAUCCUCCCUCAUGGGUAACAUGGACCUCGUAAAAAGUGCAGCACGCGCUGCUCCCGUGGUGGGAACCGUAUCGCCUCUAAUCACGUGGGGCCGGACCCUCAACACUGACGCCUUGACAGCCGGCCGGGACCAGUACGCAUAUGUCGUUUACACCUAAUAAAACCUAUGGUUGUACACAACGGUUGACGACGCCAUUACCAGCAAUGUGAAUAACACACGAAGCGACUCAGUGUACGAAUGUACAAGACGUGGUAGGUACAAUGUUUUAGUGUUCAUUAAUAUAUGUAGCGAUUUGUUAAGUAUUUUUCCUAUUGCAGUGUCUAUUAGAUUAAGAACGACUAUUAUUCAAGUGUUCUUCUUUUCGAACGCUUUCUUAAUCUCUAAGUAGAUCACAAGUAUACCUUUAUUUUAGGAUGCUACUUCUCUGCUAAUGUUUAUUACUAGCAUUGUGUAUUAUAUCGCCGUAUACAAUAGAAUAAUGAAGGCAUAAUUUUCAUUUGCAAUUUUAAAUUAAAUUUCUGUAUUCUAUUAUUGAUUUACCAUUUUUUUCCUUUUUUCUUGUCCAUUUACUAAACAAGUAUUUAAGUAGAUUUUUUUAUUAGGACUUGGAAACUCUUUUUAUUUAAUAGAAUUACGCGAAACCGAGAUACGAUAUUGAAGUGGACAAAUAAAGAGGAAAAUAUUUAAUAGUUGUUAAAUAAUGUAUAGUUAGAUUUGCAAUAAAAUUAACAUUCGCCAUAAUAGACACCCAAUUAAUAAUUUAUUAUUGUCUAAGAUGUGUACCUAUACGCUACCAAUAAAUCUCCUACCAUUUAAGAAUUAACGAUCUCUAAGACAUCUGUGAUAACUCCAACUGAUAAAAAUAAAUCAUUAAUUUAUGAAUUUUAGUUAUGUCAGCAUACUGUAUAGUUGAAUGUAUCUCCUUAUGUUAGAAAACGUAUGUAUUUAGACUUAAGGUAGUUCUAAGUUCAGAGUGGAGACUUGUGUAACGAUAGACAAGUCUGUUUGUGAGUGGUCUACACAACAUAUUGAGAGAAGCCGAUCAAGCAAGACUUGUGUACUUUACGCAUGGUUCUACCGUGACUGAACUGACUGACUAGAUGGAUGCUGUAUUAAAAAUGACAUUUAUAUCUAAAAA